AAAGCCAAAUCUACACUCGCUCGCAGACACACUCCCCCUCCCUCGCUGCUCCUUCCCCACACUGCCCUGCCCCGCUCCGCCCACAGAUCGCUCGCUCCUCCAAUCGAAUCCCAAUCUCCGCCCAAGCAAGCGAGCACCCAGCUAGCGAGCUUCCUGGUCCUGAUCGAUCGGAGGCAGAAUGGGCGGGCCACUGGGCGCCAUCAUCGGCCGCUACCCCUCGGCGGCCACCGGCGGGGGCGGAGAAGACGAGCUUGGAAGCGGCGGCGGCGGCGGCGGCGGGGAAGGCAUUAUACGGCACGACCGCAGGUGCCGCGACCUGGCGUUCCUGGUGCUCUUCGCCGCCUUCUGGGUCGCCAUGAUCGUCAACUCCAGCUUCGGCUUCAACCAGGGCAACCCGCUCAGGCUGACAUACGAACUGGACUACAAAGGGAACGUUUGUGGUGACAGGCACGGUGACCCAGAUGUGCACGAGCUUGAUGUUAGAUAUUGGAUGGACCCGAACCAGGUGUACCAAAGUGGACUCAAGAGCAGCAAGGUUAACCUGGCCGAUGCCAAAGCUAUCUGCCUGAUGGAGUGCCCCACUCCGGCACCAGAUAGAUUGAACUUUGUUUGUGAUUAUCCAGAGGGGGAUAUAAAGCUAUCUGUUGAUGAUUGGAUCAAUAGGGACUAUGAUUACUUUGAUUUUCUCACACCAGACAUGAGAAACAGUUCCCUUCAGCUUCAGGGUCCAUGCUACCCUGUCAUAUUCCCUAGUGUAAACGUUUAUUGGAGCUGCCAAUAUAUUGCCCGGGCAUCCAAUGUUUCUCUGAAGCAUUGGCUACAGAUGGGUGGUGUAAACAUUGAAGAAAACUUGCUUAUAGACAAAACAAGCCACAAGGCCGUCGAUUCCAGAUCUGCAGUGCUGAAGAGAUAUGUUGCAGACAUUGGGAAGUCCUGGCCUGUGUUAAUUGUGUGUGGUGGACUCCUUCCUCUUUUUUUGUCCGUGAUCUGGUUGCUUAUGAUUCGUUACUUUGUUGCUGCCAUGACGUGGAUAACAGUAGUGCUCUUCAAUGCCCUUGUGAUAUCCGUUACUAUGUUUUGUUACAUAAAAGCUGGCUGGAUUGGAAAUGACCCCUUAACUGUUGUUAUUGGUGAAAGUGAUCCUUAUGUCCACAUAACUGGGCGGGAAAUAAGCCACCUUCAUGCUGCUACGGUGCUGAUGACAAUAAUAAUGAUUAUUGCUUUUCUGUCCUCAAUAGCUAUUAUUCGGCGUAUACUGAUAGCCACACCUGUGCUUAAGGUUGCUGCAAAGGUCAUUGGUGAAGUUCAGGCACUGAUAUUUUUCCCAGUUGUGCCAUACUUUAUCCUUGCUAUCUUUUAUAUGUUCUGGUUUUCUGCUACACUCCAUCUCUUCAGCUCUGGUCAAGUUAUUCGGAAUGACUGCAAUACGGAUUGUUGUUCAUAUGAUCUGAAGUUGGGCAAAGUAAACUGUGACAACUGUUGUGGAUACAGCAUCCAUUACACCCCUCAUAUUGGCAUUGCCAUUCUUUUCCACUUAUUUGGCUGUUAUUGGGCAACUCAAUUCUUUGUGGCAUGUUCUUCAACUGUGAUUGCUGGAUCAGUUGCUUCAUACUACUGGGCACGUGGUGAAAUAUCACAUGAGAUACCAUUUUUUACCGUUGUCUCUUCACUCAAGCGACUGUUGCGUUACAGCCUUGGAUCUGCUGCUAUAGGUUCGCUUGUUGUAUCUCCUGUUGAGUGGGUGCGGUUUAUACUAGAAUGCUUCCGCCGCAAAUUAAAGCUAGUUGGUUCGGCCCGGGAGAGCUGCUUUGGGAAAAUGACAUCAUCCUCAUCUCAAUGCUGCCUGGGCUGCAUAGACUGGACUCUCAUGUCUGUAAAUCGAAAUGCCUAUAUAAUGAUUGCCAUUACUGGGAAAGGAUUCUUCAAAGCUUCUGUGCUCGCGACUGGUUUAAUAAUGAACAACAUACUGCGCAUUGGAAAAGUCAAUGUAAUAGGAGAUGUGAUCCUCUUCCUGGGGAAACUGUGUGUGAGUUUGUUCUGCGCGCUUUUUGCCUUCCUCAUGUUAGACACUCACAAGUACAAGUCUGCACACAACAAGAUAUCGUCUCCGCUGGUUCCUGUGCUGGUAACAUGGGCCCUUGGAUAUACAGUUGCCAAGCUGUUCUUUGCUGUCGUCGAGAUGUCCAUCGAGACCAUAAUCCUUUCGUUCUGCCAGGACGCCGAGGAACACCAGGGGAACGCGCAGUACGCGCCCCCUCUUCUCAUGGAAACACUAGACGAGCAGAGUGAGCUGCAAAGACUAACUCAAGGACCCUGACCUUUUCAACCUCUCUCGGAACUAGAGCCAAAAUGGAAAUGCAGUAGAACACUGAUCAGAUUUAUUCUUUUCAUGUGUUCUUGGCCUGUCGAUCUCCUGUAGUCUUCUUCGAGUAUGAGCCUGGCUUAUUUCUGUUGACCUAAUUGGCAACUGUUAGGCACCUUAUGUUAAGUCUUAUGACUUAUGUAGUGUAUGUGCUUGGCUAAUGUAAUGCAUUGCUUAGUGAAGUAGAUUCAAAGCUUGAUGGAAUCCAUGGUAUAUAUGGGAGCUGCUGACUGCGCUA